AUGGACGAAACUCUUGCGAGUGCGGCUCUUCUCAGGAAGAUAGAUCAGCUCCGCGAGCUGAACAUUGGCACUCUAGUCCCUCUUCCACAGAUGGUCGUCGUGGGAGACCAGAGCUCUGGGAAGUCCUCGCUGCUAGAGUCCCUUACCGGAAUUCCGUUCCCAACAAAUGUCGAGCUCUGCACUCGCUAUGCAACUCAGAUCACGUCCCGCAGGGACACCGAAUCUCGGGUGGAAAUCAGCCUGCUCCCAGGGCCUAACGCAACCAGCGAAAGACAGCAAAGACUGUCAGGCUUCAAACACGCCCCUCUCACGCCCGAAGAGUUUCGAGACAAGUUUCCCGAGCUCCUAAAAGAGGUUAAUGCGUGCCUUGAAAUCCGUUCAAGCGUCAUAGAAGGCGAUGAUACUACCGGGACAGUAUUCACUGAGGAUGUUCUCAAGAUUGAAAUUUGCAGCCCCAAAGAGGACUACCUCACCAUCAUCGACGUUCCAGGCAUCUUCCGUAAUCCCCAUGGCAUCAUCACGCGCCACGACAUGGCCAUGGUGCGGAGCAUGGUGGAGAGAUAUGUGCGGGAUCGUCGCACGAUUAUUAUCGCCGUACUCCCUAGCAAUGUCGAUAUUGCCACUCAGGAGAUUCUUUCCCUCGCUGAGGACCACGACCCAGAUGGGGAACGCACUCUCGGCGUCUUCACGAAGCCCGAUACGGUCACGGAGCGUAGCGGUAAAAAUGUUAUUUGCGACCUUGUCCUUGGGAGAAAGAAGCCUCUAACCCUAGGCUACUACGUGGUGCGCAACCGUGGCUCUGACGAGGGUCCAGCCACCACGGCAGCCGAGAGGGAGCUCAUGUUCAACGCAGCCCCUGGGACUCGCUACCCAGAGAUCGAGUCGGCGUGGCCGCUCUCAAAGGUUAUUAACCUCCAGAUGAAGAACCAGAUCGCCCUCGACACCAUGGGCUCUCCAAGAGAGACCGAGCAGCAGCAAAGGGUUUAUCUUAGCUCGAUCGCGGCUAGGUUUCAAAACCUUGUCGCGUCAGCCCUCACGUGCCAAUAUUCGCAGGAUAGCGCGUUUGACAAGAAUCCGAAUCUAAGAUUAUGCACAACGAUGGUCAAGCAUGCCGACCAACUAGUCGCCUUCUUCUCUAAAAAGGGUCAUGAGUGGAAGUUUAAAAGGCCCGAAAAUGAGGCAAACCCGGAGGAUCCCCACACUGACCAUACACAGGCCCUUGAAGAACUCGGAGGCCCCGAGGGCGAUGCCUCGGUGGACGACUUCGAUCAAGAUGGUAUCGCUGGUCUCUGUGAGCUUCCUCCUCAUGCUCUAAGGCUUGGUCAUCCGAAAUCUGGGAUCAGAUCCUGGAUUGGGACUAUAUAUCAGCAAUACAGAGGCCCAGAGCUUUCCGCUUUCAGCAACGCCGUCCUCUGUGGCGCUUUCAAGGGGCAGUCGAAACGCUGGACUCUCAUCGCUAGGGCCUACACCGGCCAGUGCAUUCGCAUUGUUCACAGGUUCAUUCGCGCUGUCCUCAGCCAGGUAUGCCCCGAUGGUGUAGACGACGAGAUCUGGUUGUUUAUUGCGGACGAGACCAUAGCUCGUUACAGGGCUAGCAUGCGGAUGGCCAUGCAUCUCACACGCGUGGAGACUACCCUGAAUCCCAACGUUGUCACGAUUGAUCUUGCAUCUCUCGGACAGACGAAACAGGGCGAGAGCAAUGUUGACCAUGUGAAGAACGAGAUCCACGACACCCUCAGAGCCUAUUACAAGGUAGCCAAGAAGCGCUUUCUGGACAAUUUAUACUUGCAAGCCGUCGACUACUGUCUCCUCAACGGCGACAAGAGCCCCUUGAAGGUGUUUAGCCAGGAAUGGGUGGUUGGUCUCAAUGCCGAGCACCUUGCCAUGUUGCCUCGCCCCAACUACCGCAACUCGCGCAGCCGCAGCAGGCGGCCCCGCCCCUCCGCCCCCAGGGACCGCGAGAUGCACGUUUUGCAUCCAGCACAACUCCCCGGCUGCAACGUCGACGUCGCCAACCAGGCCGAGUGCGACCAAUGCAUGGAGUUCCGGGCCAUGAACCACCCCAUGAACGUGGACCACAGCUGCGAAGUGGCGGGCUUCGGCGCCAUGGUGCGAAGGCGGGUACCGAACCUCCUGGUCGACUUCUCCACCCAGGAGCUCUGGCAGUGCGUCCACUGCGCGGGCGAGGGCCGCGUCUGCGACGCCGACCGCCAGCUUUCCGUCAAGUGCGCCACCUGCACCACGCUCGGCAGGGACUGCACGGUCCAGGGCUCGCCGAGUCUCGGGCCCCGAUUGUUCUCCGACGCCGGACACCGCGGCUAUCGCAUCAUGUGCAGGGCGUGCGUGAGGGGCGGGAGGAUAUGCUCCUGGGUCACGUCCAACGCCAACUACGGCUCCGGUUAUCCCUGCAGCCACUGCGUGCUAACCGAGACGGAAGGCGAGGGCUUGUGCUGCUCAUGGUCGAGGACCCCCGACCAACCGGACUCGCACCCCAACUGGGAAGCCUCCUCACCAACGCGACCAUCCAGCUCGAAUUCAAAGACUACUUCAACCUCACUCUCCCGUACCCCGAUCUGCUACCCCGUCUUGACGCCAACGGCCAAAUCAUCCCGGGGAUCCCCGCUGCCCCCGCCACCCUUCGAGCUUCCUGGGCGAGAAAGGGCCGGAAACGGGUCCAAGGUCGUCUUCCCGACGGAAACCCCCAACCCGGACGUGGUAGACCCGUACGAAAACAGAACGCAGUGCGAGUUCUGCUAUUACAACAACACCCCUGCUUCGGCGACCCUGCGAGGCCUGCCACGCAAAUCCGCAGGGUGUCUGACCAUGAUCAACACUCAUAAUCCCGCGCUCACCGUCGCGGACGCGGACAAUAUCUCGGACCGAAACCCGAACCUCGCCCUCAUGCCGCCGGGCUACGACGGAGCCGCCAUGGUGCAGUUCGGGCUGGGUACCUUCUUCGCGGACAGGCAUUGGGGCGAUAGACGGCCCAACCACUACAUGGCUAUGAAGCACGGUCCGAUGGGUAUAGGAGAUACGAAUCGCCGCUUGGCGGAUCCGACCCGCGUGAUCAUCGGCGGCAUGGACACGGUAAAACACACGUGGCACGCCAACCAGGAGACCCCGCAAGACAAUCUCGUCAUGAUGCAGCGCUGUUUGGAACGGGAGGUCAUGCUCCAAGCCAUGUAUCCCAACGAAUACCGGCCUCCGGGCUAUGGCUGGCUCCCUCCCAUAUACGAGCCGCAAAACUUGCAGGAUGUGGAGCAAGGCGCGCCAGGCAUGGGCGGCAACGGCAUUACCAUGCAUCGUGAACAAGUCGAGGAUAGUUUCCGCAUGGCGCAGCCACUAGCCCGCCUCUCACACCCGGCCUGGGUCACUGCGCUCAACCCGUUGGCGGUACCAUUGCCCGCGGCGGCCGCGAGGGAAAUGGACGAAGAUCCACCCGAACCUCCGCCUGAGCCCCACAUGGGAACUAUCAUGACCAACCGACUGAAUCUUCUCAAUGGAAUUAACAUUCUUGACGCAACGAGAAGCCUCGAGCCCAAUGCUAGCGUAAAACGGGUCAACGACAUGAUGCGUGUGCUGAUAAACAGGGACGUGGGGAUAGAUCAUACCAUGGAACUGUCUGGUCGAACCCACGCGAGGCCACGGCCAUAUCUAAUCUACAUGUACGCCACCGGCCUGCCUGUCGCGGUUGGCAUCUCAACCAUCCAUCCCGUCCCGGCGCCCAUUCUUCAAAUCGACUAUGGCCCGGUGUUGAGCCCCUGA